UUUUAAAAAUUAAAUAAAUGCAAUAAUAUUAAUUGAAAAAAUAUGACAAAAUCUUGUCCGGUUUUGGGUUGUAAAUCAAUUCGUGCUAAAGGUUCGCUGCAUUUUUUUCGGUUCCCGAAGGUUUCAAAGAAAUUUGGAGAUGUUGGUCGACUUUGGUCAGAGUUCACAAGAAGAAAGAACUACAAAGUCCUGACAGACAGAUUCUGUCAGCUACAUUUUGAUGAUGAGUGCUUCAAAAAGGGCCCGAAAGGUACUUUAAGACUGAAAAAGGGCUCAGUUCCUACAAUUUAUUAUAAGAAUGGAGAAAAAAUUGUGGUCCCAUUUAACCAAGAAUACCAAAAAUAUCACGGACCAGAAGCUGAACGACUCUUCGAAGAGACUGAAAAGUCUGUCAUGAAUCACGAAAAAGAACUGAUUAAUUUACGGUACAAAAAACUCAGAGAAUUGAAGAAUCUUUGUCGAUUCUGUUUUAUGAACAGCAGGGAUGCUAAAUGUAUUGAUAUGUCAGUCUUAGCUUCCUACUCAAUAGACUCGAAUGACAUGUUAAUUGCUAUGGGAUGCAGCAAUCAAUACAACUCAACAUUUAGUGACAUUAUUUGUGAGACGUGCUUGCUGAAAGUCAUCGAUUUUUACAAUUUUAAAAAGAAAUGCAAUGAUGAGCAGCGUGAAUUGCUGGCAGAACUUGAGGAACUUGACAGGAAGAUCCACAAAGUUCAGAAAACUAAGAGAAAAGCAACCGACUCGCUUCCAUGGUUUAAAGUUGAGAUUAGUGAGGAACCUGAAGAUUUCCAGCAUUCUCUGCUAUUCAAUUCAACAGCACAUGAGUCAAUUGUGAUGCUGAGUGAAAGCUUUGGCAGUUCCGAUGCUGCAAUUUGUCACAUUACAGUUAAGGAAGAAGACGAACCUGAAAAUGAGGAAUAUCUUGAGGACAACUUGCAGAGUGAUGAUGAAAUUCAGGCAAUCAUUGAAAAUUCAUACCCAGAACAUGAACCUAAAUUGGAACCACAAGUUAAGCCACAAAAGGAGUCAAAACGAGAAAGCUACAAGGACAGGUACUUCGAAUGCUUCUUUUGUCGUCAAAAAAUCCUCAGUCGAAUCGCUUGGCUUAAGCACAAAUGUCCUGUAAAGGAGAGGCAAUGUGAUGUCCCAAAUUGCGGAAAAGUCUUUGGAUCCCAUAAAGGCUAUGCCAUUCAUAUCGUAAGAUUCCAUGGAAUGCCAAAGAUCUGUUCACAUUACUGUCCUGGAUGUAAGACUUAUUAUCAAAUGAAUGCCUUCGAUUACAAGGAACACAUUAAGAUAUGUGAGAACAACAAGACAGCAUCAGAAGAGCCAAUUAAGUGUGAAAUUUGUAAAAAGAUCUGUAAGAACCUUGAAGCAUAUUCAGCACAUAAGUUGUUCCAUGCAACUGAAAAAUUGGUCGAAAGUGUCGAUGAGAAUGGCGUAAAGACCUUCCUGAAACCAAAAGUUCAAGAAAAAACAAAAGUUUGUGACUUGUGUGGAAAAACUUACUUCCGUAGCCUUCGUGAGCACAAGCAGAACGUCCAUUUAGUUGACUUUACCGGUGACAUGUAUUUUUGUGAUUUAUGUCCAGUCAAGAAGCCUACGCGACGAUUGAUUUUUGAUCAUAUGAAGUCUGUGCACAUUAUUGACUGGCACAGGUGUCAAACAUGCUUAAAAGACUUUAAAUCUAAAAGACUUCUUGCUCGUCAUAUUUUGUACAUGCACGAGCGUCAUAGGCUGAAUAUCCGUUGUCAUAUUUGCCCUAACAAGCCGGGAUUCUCAGCAACAAUAUAUUUGGAACAGCACAUGAGAAAGCAUCAUGGCGAACAGACAGCAUCGCAGUUGAACAGACUGAAAUGUGAUUUUGGAUUUUGUGAUGCAACAUUCUCGAAUCAAAAGACUCUCGAUCAACAUAAAGUAAAAAUGCAUGGCUAUUAUUUUCAAUAAAAUAUUUAUUUUAAGUGAAUAAAGUUUUUAAUUUUCCACAUAAA